AUGAAAAAAAAUACAGUUGGUUCAAUAUCCACUUGCUUACCAAAUAAAUUAAUAGACUCCAACAGGAAUGUCGAGUGGCAAGCACGUACAGCGUUAUCGCAGGCUGUGGGCAUCUCAGGCGCGCCGGCGCCGUCCGCGCUAUUGUUGAUGUUCCGACCCAUGCAGUAUACUGUAUACAGUGGGCCGACUACGGGCUACGGUGUAAUGUACGAUAGGUUCUUUUUAAAUCAUGCAAGAAAGACAAAUACCCAACCCUAUACAAAUGUUGCGCCCGCGCCGUUCCGCGAAGCUGUUGUCGAGUCAAUACCUCUCCACUCCAGACAAGUUCGG